AGGGCUGUGGCGGUACUGCUGGGUCCCAGAAGUUAGCUAAAUAGCAAGCUAUAUACCUAGCAUGUUUCUUCAUGUUUGCUAAAAUAUAUUUCUGGAGCUGAAUGUAGUUGUUAUCGCCAUUGUAUCUAGCGCAUAACCUGUGCAAGGACGUUCAGACUUGUUCUCCCUGCUCAGCACGAUAAUAGAGAGUCUUCAUUUACAUUAAAGCACAUUUCUGUGCUUUUGAAUGUGUUAUCUGGUUGUGAUUGGUAGUGAGUCAUUGAUUCUGAGCGACGUUUCAGAAGUUGCGUUUCCGCUUUCCCCUGCCAUCACCUGUGCAAAAUCCUUUGUCUUCUGUUCAGGGACUUAUUUUAUGAUGACAGGUUUGUGGCGAGUGACAACAACAGGAAACUCCAGAAAAAUUCCCUGGCUGUGCAUGAUGCCUGGAAGUUUUUGUCUUACUGCAUGAUGAGUGACCGGCCUAAGGGCUUUGCAUCAAUGUUGCGCUUGAUCGCAUCAUCCAUGUGCCUCCGGUGCCAGUGUGCCACAGCUCUACCUUUACACCUAAGACCAUGUGCAACGCUGAGCACAGCAGAGAACCAGCAGACGGUGGGGGCUCUCUAUGAUCUCUCUGUGGACAUCCAGAAGGUUCGGAAACUUAAGGGCUGGGUGCUGCAUCAGAGCCUGGCCUAUACUAAGGAGGUAGCUGAACUGCUGAAGGACAUGGGAGCUUCGGGCCCCAGUGUUGCUCGAAUUCUAACGGGUCACCCUGAAGCGGUUCUCUGUCACCCAGAGCAGAUGCAGGCUCAGCGGGAGCUGUGGAUGUCUGUGUGCCCAAACCAGAAAGAACUGGUUGGCAUCAUUGAGAAAUUCCCAGCCUCCUUCUUCACUUCCUCCAGCCACUAUGGCAACCAGCAGAACAACAUAUCUUAUUUCCAGAGCUUAAACCUCAACAAGCGAAUUAUUACUAAACUUAUGGCAAGUGCUCCCCAGAGCUUCAGCCGGCCAGUAGAGCAAAAUGAAGUGAUGGUGCGCACCCUCCAGCAGUCCUACCAGGAACUUGGUGGAGAGGAAGACAAUAUGAAGAUCUGGCUUCAGAAGCUGCUUAGCCAGAACCCGUUUGUCCUCCUCAAGCCUCCUGAGGUGCUGAGGCAGAACUUGCUGUUCCUGAAAGACAGGGGUUUCAGCACAGCAGAGCUCCUUCACCUCCUUUCCAAAUUAAGGGGCUUUGUCACUGAGCUGAACCCCGACAGCAUGCGUCGCACACUGGCAUACUCUCAGGACACCAUGGGCUGCUCUGAGGCGGAAUUGCGGGACAUCAUCCUCAAAUGUCCGGCUCUGCUUUACUAUCCUGAAACUAUUCUUGCUGAGCGCAUUAAAGGCCUCCUCAGUGCGGGGAUGAGCAUGUCUCAAAUCAUAGACACUCCGACUGUUUUGGAGCUGACCACUCAGAUAGUGAUUUAUCGCAUCCAGCGACUGAAGGCACAUGGUUAUGAUGUAAGGACAGGUAGUCUGGAGGUCCUGAAUGGCACUAAGAAGGACUUUGAGAUGAGCUAUGAAAAACUACAGCUACGUAGAGAGAGACCAAUUUUUAACCCUGUCGCCCCUUUAAGAGCAGAUGACUGACAGAAGUUUGUAAGUGAAUUGAAAUUAAUCAAAACUGUAACUGGAUUUGUAUUGUCCUUAUCUAUAUAAUGUCAUAUAAAGUGUUUCAAAUCUAAAUAUGCACUUAAUGUGUUUUAUCACUGUGGUUGAAUUCUAUGAAUUGCAGUGAUGCAUUUUUGAACUUGACAGUGAAUCUUCACUGUGAAGAUGCCUGAAGGUGUCAACUGAACCAGUGACAGAAAACAAAAACAAAAUGCAAUGGGUGCAAAGGCAGGUUUAAAUUCCGUUUUUUUGUUCACGUAGUCAAAUCUUAUAUUAAGGAUCACACUUGGCAAAGUUACAGUAAAAAUAAUUUGUUUUAACCGGCUGCCACAAUCUGCAGUCAUGUGAAAAGUAAUCAAAUUAACAAAUUCCUCUAAUUAGGUCGCGUGAGUCUUAACACCAAAUGCAAAAAUGUAUCAGAUUUUUCACUUGUAGUUCAGACCAAAGCCACACACUUUAUUUAUGAGUGAGUCAUCAGUGCAUUCAUGUUGUAAGAGAUGAGGGUGGUUACGCAACCACUUCCUCAAGUGAUAUCAGAAAGUGAGACAAAGGCGGCAGCAUCUUAAUGUGUCAUGCUUUGGUAUCGUACCUUGCCAAAUGAAUAAUUCAUUACAGCUUAUUUACAAGUUACCUCACCACAAAAAUUUCACAUAAAACACCUCAUGACUUGACUGUAAUGGCAGACGUGCUGACUCGUCCAUCAGAUGUAUUACUGAGCAGAACUGAGGACAAGCAAGCCUUUUCAAACCAUUUUAUUUAAAGCCUGUGCAAAUGUCUCAUUUUCACACCAUGUUCUUGGCAGCACAACUGUUCCCCUCAGGGAGGAAAUCUAACUGUGUCUCAGACUUUUAUUGUUACUUUACAGAUGGAGACUCUUUAUUAUAAGCUACUUCACAGCUUAAAUGUCACUUUAUUAUCAUUUCAGAUUAAUUCAAAUGCACCCACACGUUGCAAUAAAAAAAAAGUUCCUUUCA